GUCGUCAUCUUUUUCUCUUUUUUCAUGCAUCUUUUCUUUCUUUUCCGUUUCCUUGGGCUGGAUAUACACACUCAUGCUAUUUCUCUUCACUCCAGUUGACAUGUACAAUCUUGGCCUUGCUAUUUGUUUUUUCGUCCUGUGUAACUUGGUUCAUAAUUUCCGUUUGAAUAUUCCGUAACCCGCUAUACUCCCAUGUUAUUUGGUCCCACACUCCUCUGAACCUUACCGUACAUCUGUUACUGAUAUUAAAGGGAAGGGAGCUGUUUGAAUAUUCUGUAACCCGCUAUACUCCCAUGUUAUUUGGUCCCACACUCCUCCGAACCUUACCGUACAUCUGUUACUGAUAUCAAAGGGAAGGGAGCCGUUUGAACAUUCUGUAACCCGCUAUACUCCCAUGUUAUUUGGUCUCGCACUCUUCCGGACCUUACCAUACGUCUGUUACUGAUAUUAGAGGGAAGGGAGAGUGCCGAGGCGUAGUGUUAAGUAUCGUAUCAGCCUCACGUAUCACGACUCACUGUAACUUGAAGGGUUUGUAGGUGAAGCGCAUGCAGAGUGGUUAUCCCAAGACAUUUCCGCCUCACGUCAGCUGCUUCCAAAGACCAAAAAAGGAGACUAAUCAGGUUCUCAAGAGUGUUUUUUCACAUUCAUGGCACAGAAGAAGGGUCAAGCUACCACCAGGGUCAUAAAACUACCCCUGGAAAUGCCCAAGACUCUUACGAAAGCCUGUCAGAAUUAUGAGUGGUUAGUUUGAAACAUUUCCGCCUCACGUCAGCUGCUUCCAAAGGCCAAAAUGGAGAUAAACUGGGUUCUCUGAGUGUUUUUUCACAUUCAUGGCACAGAAGUAGGGUCAAGCUACCACCAGGGUCAUAAAACUACCCCUGGAAAUGCCCCAAACUCUUACGAAAGCCUUGUCAAAUAUGUGUUUCCUAGGUUCAUGGUACAGAAGAAGCGUCAAACUACCACCAGGGUCAUAAAACUACCCCUGGAAAUGCCCCAAACUCUUAUGAAAGCCUUGUCAAAUAUGUGUUUCCUAGGUUCAUGGUACAGAAUAAGCGUCAAACUACCACCAGGGUCAUAAAAAUACUUCUGGAAAUGCCACAAACUCCUACAAAAGCCUUGUCAAAUAUGUGUUUCCUAGGUUCAUGGUACAGAAGAAGCGUCAGACUACCACCAGGGUCAUAAAAAUACUUCUGGAAAUGCCCAAGACUCCUACGAAAGCCUGUCAAAAUUGUGAGUGGUCAACGUUGCCAGAUUGUCGUACUCAGCCGAUUAUAUUUCCCGACUUCCUACCCCAAACUAUCUUCUGGGCUCCAAUAACGAAACUCAUUUAUAGUUAUCGUUAAAAGAGUUAGAUCCUGAUGUUUCUUGGCAAUAGUUAGGCGUCAGAAACUGGUAAAUUCUAUGCUCUGAGUACGGCAAUCUGGCAACGGUGUGAGUGGUCAUAAAACUACCCCUGGAAAUGCCCACAACUCCUACGAAAGCCUUGUCAAGUGUAUGCUUGGGUGGCGAAAUGUUUAAGAAUACGAAGGGAUGAGUGAGUCAGGGCGAGCCGGUUCAGUUCUCAGCGACGUCUCGGUUAAGAAGCCACAGAAUUCCUUUUAUAGUAAUUUUUAUAUUUAUUUCCGUGAUUCAUGUUGAUCCCCAAGAAAAUGCCACUCACUCGUAUUUUAAGGUUGUUGUGAAGAAUUGUCAGUGUUGUGUGUUUAGAAUAUUUAAGAAUUGUGUGUGUGUGUGUGUGUGUGUGUUAAGAAUGUACUAGACAAUUGUGUGUGUGUCUGUUGGAGUGACUGACAAAUUGUGUGUGUGUGUGUGUGUGUGUGUGUGUGUGUGUGUGUGUGUGUGUGUGUGUGAAGAAUGUACUAGACAAUUAUGUGUGUGUGUGUUUGAGUGACUGACAAAUUGUGUGUGUGUGUGUGUGUGUGUGUGUGUGUUAAGAAUGUACUAGACAAUUGUGUAUGUGUGUGUUGGAGUGACUGACAAAGUGUGUGUGUGUGUGUGUGUGUGUGUGUGUGUGUGUGUGUGUGUGUUAAGAAUGUACUAGACAAUUGUGUGUGUGUCUGUUGGAGUGACUGACAAAUUGUGUGUGUGUGUGUGUGUGUGUGUGUGUGUGUGUGU